UAAAUAAAUAAAUAAAUCCACUCAGCCUCAUUAUAAAAAGCUAAGGAAUAAAAAGUUCUAAAUUUGGGAUUUUCACUUGGGUCAGUAAGUAACCACCCAGAACAAUCUAGCAGCUGGAUAGCAAUGCAAAAAACUUUUGCAAUUGUUGCAAUUGCUACAUAGUAACUGCAGUUGACUUUUAUUUGAAUUUGAUAAAGAUCACUUAACGUCUGCAGAUUUUAGACCUUUUUGAAAACAGCUGCUUCCAAGUAUGGGUCAGAAAUGAAGACCUCUUCAGUCCGCUGAAGGACACUUUACCGGUGUCUAAUGCAUCUUGCCUCUAUAGAGAGGGACCCAUGCAGCUCAGUGUGUGGAGAUGGAGAGGUUCAAGCUCUGAUGAAAUGACUCGUCUCAAAGGCUCAAUGACCUGCAUGUAUGACCCUCAGCUCCGUGCAUCCGCUGACACCAUUUCUCUGCCGUGUCGUGCAGUUUGUUGCCUUAUUGUGGGAGAGGUCUCUGUGUGGGUUUGUUCACCAUGGAAAUGGUUAAUGUUUGCACAAUGCAAAUUACGCCACUUCGUGAUGAACAUGCCCUUUUCGAAGCUCUCAAGUUGUUUAUAAUUGUCUGAGUGCUUUCUGAUGCAGCAAUAUACACAUGUAUUUUUGUCAUUCUCUGUUACUGGAAAGCAGGAGGUGGUGUAGUGUUGACUGUAAACAGGAUCCCAAAUCAACUUCCUGCCACACCAGCCAAGCUGAAGGAAGCUGUGGAAACUAUUUCUGAAAGAUAUAUUCAUGUUGACCGAUGAUAUGCAGUUCAUGUGAAUUUCUGAUGGUGUUUGGCCAUGCAGCAGGUGCUGGACAACCUCAAGGAGCUGCCGCCUUCAGCAGGAGCCAAAGACAUCGACCUCAUCUUCCUCCGUGGCAUUAUGGAGAGUCCCAUAGUUCAGUCCCUCGCUAAGGCUCAUGAGCGACUGGAGGAUGUUAAGCUGGAGGCGGUGCAGAGUAAUAACGUGGAGCUAGUGAGUGAGAUCCUGUCUGAUAUGAGCAGUCUGACCACUCAUGAUGAAAGUGCAGCAGAACUCUGUAAGAUCCUGAAGGAACCCCACUUCCAGUCCCUGUUAGAAGCUCACGACAAGGUGGCCUCGAAGUCAUAUGAAGCUCCUCCCACCAGCACCAACUCCACCAGCAUGAGCAGCUCGUCCCUCAUGCCGGCUGACACGGUUCGCAUGAUCAGCAUCCAGAAGAAGGACGGAGAGCCUCUGGGUGUAACGUUCCGGGUGGAGGACGGUGACCUUGUCAUCGCGCGUGUCAUGCACGGCAGCAUGAUUGACAGACAGGGGAUGCUGCACGCAGGUGAUGUCAUCCAAGAGGUGAACGGCCGAGAGGUGGGCAAAGACCCCUUGGCUUUACAGGACAUGCUAAAGGACUGCAACGGAAGCAUCACACUCAAAAUCCUGCCCAGCUACAGGGACACGACUCCACCCGCACAGGUGUAUCUGAAACCACAUUUCACCUACACUGCUGACACAGAUAAUCUGAUCCCUUGUAAAGAGGCGGGUUUGUCUUUCUCUAAAGGAGACAUUCUGCACAUAGUGAACAAGGAGGACCCCAACUGGUGGCAAGCAUGUAAUGUUAACGGAGGCCGCACUGGCUUGAUCCCCAGUCAGUUUCUGGAGGAAAAGAGGAAGGCGUUUGUAAGGAGAGACCUGGAUGGAUCAGGAAUCCUCUGCGGGACAUUAACUGGAAAAAAGAAGAAAAAGAAAAUGAUGUACUUGACAGCGAAAAAUGCAGAAUUUGAUCGCCAUGAAUUACAGAUCUAUGAGGAAGUAGCAAAGAUGCCUCCAUUCCAGAGAAAAACUCUUGUGCUGAUUGGUGCACAAGGAGUGGGCCGCCGAAGCCUCAAGAACCGCCUGAUUGUGUUGAACCCGCUGCGAUAUGGAACUACUGUACCUUUCACUUCUCGGCGUCCACGCGAUGACGAAAAGGACGGCCAGUCGUACUGCUUUGCGUCCCGGGAGCAGAUGGAGACAGACAUUAAGGCAAGUCGCUACCUUGAGCAUGGAGAAUACGACGGCAAUCUGUAUGGAACCAAAAUCGACUCCAUCCAUGAAGUCAUUCACACGGGACGUACUUGCAUACUGGACGUCAACCCACAGGCUCUAAAGGUACUGAAGACAUCAGAGUUCAUGCCAUUCGUGGUUUUCAUCGCUGCCCCGGAGCUGGAGACACUACGGGCCAUGCACAAAGCUGUGGUGGAUGCUGGGAUCACAACCAAGCUCCUGACGGAAACGGACCUAAAGAAAACAGUGGACGAAAGUGCCAGGAUCAAGCGGGCAUACAAUCACUACUUUGAUCUGACUAUAGUUAAUGACAAUCUGGACAAGGCCUUUGAGAAACUGCAGGCAGCUGUGGAGCAGCUGACCACACAACCACAGUGGGUCCCUGUCAGCUGGGUUUACUGAGACAUACAGCGGUCCAGACGCCCCAUCAUCAUCCUCAUCAUCAUCAUCGGUGGCACAAUGAUAGGUCAGCGGCACAGAACACAAGUUCACACUGAAAGGACCCACCAGUCACUAUGCAAAUGUACACUAGCCAUCCAGUCACGACAGACAUAAGGGAAGUGUACUUAUUUAUUUAACAUUUUUAUUUUCUACUUACUAAAACAUAAAUACUUAAUGGAAGCCCAUUUCCGCCACUAAAUAAAAAAAUAAAUAAAACAAGGUAAUUGUGACUUUUUACUCUCAAAAUUCUGACUUCUUUUUUUUUUCUCAUAAAUGUGAGAUAUGAAUUUGCAGAAGAAAACUCUGAAUUGCGACUUCAUAUCUUUAGAUAUGACUUCAUUACUCACAACUGAAUGUUAUAAAGUCAGUAUUGCAAUAUUGUCAGUAUUGAGAAAAAGUCUGAAUUGUGAGAUGUGAGAAGUCACAAUAACCUUGAUUUAUCUUUUUAUUCAAUGGCGGAAACGGGCUUCCAUAAUAGUAGGAGGGGAAAAAAAGGAUUUAUUUUUUAAUGGCUUGUCAUUAAAAAUAAUUAUUUUCCAAAUAAUUUUAAACUGCAUUCUAGUAUUUAAAGCAGGGGACUGUUCUCUUACUGUAAUUUUAGUGUUAACAAACGUAGGUUUACAGUGCAGGAUUCAUCUCACAUCUCGUCAUCCAGAUCAGUCUCUACAGUAUGUCAAAUGAUUUAAGCAGCUUUAGUUGAUCCAGCUUCUGACUCAAUAAGAUCUUCUUAAGUGUCAUUCUGUUAUCCUAUUUGAUUUCAUUUUAUUUAAAUUGAAGGAAUGCUAGAAGUAAACCAAAUUUGACUUUCACAUAUAUCACAGUAGCACUUUAUUUUAUAGUCCUGUUUUGUAUGUACUAUAAUAAUUGAUACUAAUCCUGAACCUAACCUAAAAGCCCAGAGCAUACUUCAGUUUUGAUGCAAAGGCUUAAAGGGGUAGUUCACCAAAAAAAUGGUCAUUUACUCACCCUCAUGUUGUUCCGAACCUGUAUGAGUUUCUGGUAACACUUUAGAAUAAGGUUCCAUUAGUUAAUGUUAGUUAAUGUAUUAAUUAACAUGAACAAACAAUGAAUAAUACAUUUAUUACUGUAUUUAUUCAUCUUCGUUAAUGUUAGUUAAUGAAAAUACAGUUAUUCAUUGUUAGUUCAUGGUAAUUCACAGUGCAUUAACUAAUGUUAACAAGCACAACUUUUGAUUUAAAUAAUGCAUUAGUAAAUGUUGAAAUUAACAUGAACUAAGACUUAUAAAUGCUGUAGAAGGAUUGUUCUUGCUCAGUUCAUGUUAACGGAAGUAGUUAACUAACAUUAACUAAGGGAACCUUAUUCUAAAGUGUUACCGAGUUUCUUUCUUUUGUUAAAUAUAAAAAUAAAUUGUGAAGAAUGUGGGUAAACAAACAGUUGUUGGUCCCCAUUGACUAAUUUGGUGACUUGCAUUUUUCAAAAUAUCAUCUUUUGAGUUCAGCAGAAGAAAGAAAUUAAUUCAGGUUUGGAACAACUUGAGGGUGAGUAAAUGACUGAAAAUGAAUGUUAACUUUUGGGUAAACUAUACCUUUAACAGAUGUGAAUUACUAUCUCCCCCCCCCCCCCCCCCAAACACCCCUUGUUUUGGCCUUGCGCACCAGACUGGUAACCCAUUACUGUCCUGCAGAGACCUAUACUUGGACCGAGUAAAUUUCUUUAUAUUCUUUUAAAUGAGUUGCAUCUGUCUCUUAACUGCCUUUCAGUGUCUUGUUUUGGUCCAGUUUAAAAUGCUCAACCUUGGUAGAUCAACCUCCGUUCAUCAGCGCUGCACUUCUGCAUUUGGAUGUAUUUGUGUGGCACCUAUAGUUUUUAAAGGCAAGAGCUUGUUCUGUGUGAACUGCCCCUAAACCUAAUCUUAUCCAAAGUCAAAGUUACCUUAUAUUACUCAGUACUUAAUGCAAGUACACUAAGUGUAUGUACUAUAAAAUAAAGUGCAUCCAUUAUCAUUAUUUAAAUUUGAUCAUUGCAGAAUUAUGAGCUUAUGUCGUUGUGUUGCUUGUGUGCUAAUAUUCAGAAUCAGCACUGUUUUUAGCUAAAUGCCUUUUACACAGGCACAGAAUCAUAAUGUCAUGAUCACAAGCUGCCUGGCCUCACAGAUUCAUAACCUGUCAUCUAGCUGUAUGUUGUGAUGUGCCUCCGUCUCUGGUGACUUGCUCCAAUGUCUUUUUCAAGGCUUUGUAACUCAGAUUUUUAUCCAGCUUGCAUAUUCACUUAAAUUCUAUAUUUUGCGAUACAGAGAGUUGUAUUUUCUGAAAUUAAAUGUGUCUAAUAAAUUAAUCUUAAUUUUG